CCGCUGGAAGAGAGUCAUACUUUUACACAGAAGUUUAUACUCUGGAAGAAGAUGGCUCUUCACCACCUAUGGAUCUUGCUCCUUUGUCUACAAACCUGUCUGGAAGCAGCUGGAAGUGACACAGACAUCUUCGUGGUGAAUGGGAUUCUGGGGGAGUUAGUUACUUUCCCCUUAAAUAUCCAACAAUCAGAGAAAGUUAUCAGCAUUUCUUGGAAUUCCAAAACAUCUGUCGCCUUUGUAACACCAGGAAACUCAGGAGCAGCACCCACAAUUUCCAUAACCCACCAAAAUUACCAUAAACGAAUAAAUGUCUCAGGUCAGAACUAUAACCUGGAGCUCAGAAAUCUGAGGUUGGAAGACUCAGGGAUCUACAAAGCCGACAUAAAUGUAAUGACCUCUGAAAUGAUCAACACCACCACUAAGUGCUACAAUCUUCAAGUCUAUCGUCGGCUUGGAAAGCCAAAAAUUACUCAGAGUUUAAUGACAUCUGUGAAUAGGACCUGCAAUGUCACACUGACAUGCUCUGUCGAGAAAGAAGAAAAGAAUGUGACAUACAGUUGGAGUCCACUGGGGGAAGAAGGCAAUGUUCUUCGAGUCUUCCAGACCCCUGACAACCAAGAGCUGACUUACACGUGUACAGCAUGGAACCCUGUCAGCAACAAUUCUGACUCCAUCUCUGCCCAGCAGCUCUGUGCAGACAUCGCAGUGGGCCUCCAUACUCACCGCACUGGGCUGCUGAGUGGGCUGGCUGUGCUCUCUCUGCUUCUAAUCAUUCUACCUUCAGUGAUUUUGUUCCUUUUGCACAAAAGAGGACAAGGUUCCUACUUGAAGAUCUUCAGUAAGAACCCUGAUGCUGCCUCAGAGAAAACAAUAUACACAUACGUCACAGUUCCAAGAGACACCCAGACAGCAGAGCUCAGGAUCUAUGAUGAAAUCCCCCAGUCCAAGAUGGGGAAAACCAACAUGCAGGACAGCAAACCUCCUGGGACUUCAAGCUAUGAAAUUGUAAUCUAGGCUCCCAGAUGGAAUUCUCCCCAUGGAAACUGAGCUACAACCAUACCUACUGGCAGUUGCUCCAGACCUAGACUUGCUCUGCCCAGAACUUACCUGGAGAUUGCAAAUCACAAGAUCCCAACACGUAAGCAAAGAAGCAAACACUUUGUUGCUGGGCAUAGCUCAUGCCUAGAUAAGCAAAUGGAUACAUGCCCUUUCUGAAAUUGCUCCCUUCCUGAUGAAUGACAAGGAAUGUCCUUUGACACAGUGCUUCCCACCCUUCUUCACAUCGCAGCACAUGGAGAAAAUAUUUUUGUGGCCCAAUGGGGUAAACAGUCAAGAUUGCUCAUGGCUGGAGGCUGUGUAUGACCAGAGGUGAUGACUCUUCCCAGCAACCCCAUAUGUGAAGGAUCCACAUUUUGCACACCUGUAAUCUGCCAUGACACACCACUUAGGAGCCUCUUCUCACACUCAAUAUAUGGGAGGAGCCCUGGUCCAUGACUUCCCCAAUUCCACACAGCACCUUGGGCAGAUGAGCCCCUCACUUGAGUACAUGGCUUGGCGUGUACUGCAUUUCAGUCUCUGUUUGUCCCUUUGCCUGGGAAACUUUGUUCAGGGUACACCUGGCUGGACCAGCCCAACCCUAUAUAACUGUGUGGCAUGGGAAGCCAUCAGAGUUGUAGCUCUCAGCUGUGCAGACACAGUCUCCCAAUAGAGUGUUGGAAAAUGCUCUUUCUGUAGGAACUAGACUGCUAGGGCAUUUUUCUUCAGGCUCCACUUCAGAAACCUCAUAAUAUAUUUUUUCUGGCCAAGUUUUCCUUCUAUAUCACUCUGUGAUUGUUAAUUUUAUGUGUUAACUUGAUUGGACCAUGGGAUGCCCAGAUAUCUGGUUAAACAUUAUUCAGGCUGUAAGUGUGAGGGAAGAGGUAAACAUUUGAAUUGGUAGACUGAGUAAAGCAGAUUAAUAUUCCCCUCCAGUGUAGGUGGGCAUCACCAAAUCCACUGAAAACCUGAAUAGAACAAAAAGGCAGAGUAAGGGAAAAUCCAUUCUCUCUCUCUGCCUGUCUGAAAUGGGACAUCAGUCUUCUCCUGCCUUAGGACUUGCACAUGGACUGGAAUGCCCAUGAUCAGCUCUCCUGGUUCUCAGGCCUUUGGACUCAGACCGGAACUAUACCAUCACCUCUCCAGCUUGCUGACUACAGAUCUUGGAAUUUUUCAAUCUCCAUAACCACAUGAGUCAAUUCCUUUAUAGCUAUUUCCUGUUAGAUCUGUUUCUCUGCAGAACCAGGCUAAUAGACACUCCAAACAGCCUCAUCAAGAAGCAGCCAGGGCUUCCUGGUGGCGCAGUGGUUAAGAGUCCACCUGCCGAUGCAGAGGACACGGGUUCGUGCCCCAGUCCGGGAAGAUCCCACAUGCCACGGA